AUGAACUAUAUGGAUCGCUUCUUGUCAGUGGAACCCACAAAGAAAAACCACCUCCAGUUAUUGGGAGCUGCAUGCAUGUUCCUGGCAUCCAAACUGAAGGAGACAAUCCCACUGACUGCUGAGAAACUCUGCGUCUACACAGACAACUCCAUCACACCUUCUCAGCUGCUGCAAAUGGAGCUGCUGGUUUUGAACAAGCUGAAGUGGGACCUGGCUUCAUUAACCCCUCUUGACUUCAUCGACUUUUUUCUGUCUCGGCUGUCUGUCUGGACAGAGAACAGACCUAUACUCAGGAAGCACGCUCACAUCUUCGUUGCGCUGUGUGCCACAGAUGUUAAAUUCAUAGCCUGCCCUCCAUCCAUGGUAGCGGCAGGCAGCGUGGUGGCAGCAGUGGAGGGCUUACAGGCGAAAAUGGAGGGCAACACAAUGACGUCUCAGAAACUGACGGAGCAGCUGGCACAGACCAUCAGGAGUGACCCGGACUGUCUCAGAGCAUGUCAGGAACAAAUAGAGUCAUUGCUGGAAACCAGUCUCAGACUGGCACAACAACAACCCCACUCAAUUACCAUGGAAACAAAGAACAUGGGUGAAGGACAGGACCUCUCAGCUACGCCCACAGAUGUACAGGACAUAAACAUCUGA